AUGACUCUGUUCAUGGAUUCAGACUUUGCUUUACUUAAACGGAACCAGCAGAGAGACAUGAUGGACUAUAAGAACCUGUUUGGAGAACAUGUUCAGUGCAAAGGUGAGUUUGAUUAAGUUUAUAUAUACAUAUAUAUUUAUAUCUCAUUAAAUAGAGUCUACCAUUAACCUAUAAUAAAACGAUUGUACCCUGAGUUAUUUAAAUAUAAAUAUAUAGGUUUCUAAGUUGACUUCAUUCAUGCCUAAAGCAGAAGAAAUCAGUCAAUGACUGUUUACCCAUGUUAUAAGCCAUUAAAAUGUGGGCAUUAAUUUUAAUACAGUUUGCAAAAUAUAUGAAAUUAGCAUAAAUUAUUUUGUGAUUUGUAAUUUAUGGUUAAACAAAUAAAGAGAAAAUAUAAAAACAUAUAUUAAGACUUUGCAUCAGUAUGAGUUCAUAAUGAGUUUAUUACUCUCAUGAGUGAAACUUUUUUCUCAGGUCAUCGAUCAUUCAUACCCAAACAUAUAACAUCCUGGCCCAUAUCUAUUUAUUUAUCAAUUUUUAAUAAUCAAACUUUUGUAUUACAGCAUUUGAACAUACAGCUCUGGAAACUAUGAUAAGACCCACUCCAAAUUUGACUUAAAUCAACCUAUCUUCCUGUAUGGAUGCAUGUUUAUUCCACUGUGUGUUAAAUUUUAACACCAGUACACUUCACGCUACUUUAUGAGGUACUAAAGUGGUUCCCACCUGACAAGCCAGAAUAGAAAAAAGCUGCUUGACUAUGAAGCCCAAAGCUGCAAAACGACCAUGAUUGCGCACCGUAUCAGAACUGUCAUUAACAUUCAUUAUUAUUUCACCAGACUUGAAUUUCUGACCCCUCUAAAGUUACAUCAUUAGUAUUUUGUUGUUUAGAAAUUCAUAUAACUGGCUUUUACUUCACAGUAUAAAGGGAUGUUGAUUUUCUUUUUCAAACACCCAAAAAAAAAAAAAAUUGUAAAAGAAUCAUAAUAAAGAGAUGUUUUUCUUUUUUUUUAAUGGUCUCUAAAAAUUUUUAAAGUAUGCAAUCAUACCUGAUUCAUUAAAAAUAAAGGCUGAUUACGACAACACAAAAAAUACAUCGUUUAAUUCCACCUAAAUAACUUUGCAGGAAUUAAGUGAUAUUUGUCUUGCUCAAACAUCUUUUUACAUCAUCCAAAAUAGAGAUUUGUUAUGGUUAUUGUUUGGGGCCUAUUAUCAUUACAUUUUGUCAUUGUGUGGGUAGUUUAUUUUACCUUGGUCCUUUGCAUUUCUAUUCAUUUUUUUAUUCAAAGUCCUUUACUGCAAACUGCUUUAAAAUGUAAAGAGGCUUUAAUUAUUUUUAUUAUUGUUAAUAAUAAUAAUAUUAUUAUUUUUUAAUUAAUCGUGUAUCAGUUAAUGUACUUUUCUUUUUGGAUGGGGGGUUACAUACAUACAUUAAAAUACAUACAUUUAAAUCCAAAUCCUUUUCUACAUUUUUUCCUUUAUCUUUUAAAUUUUGCCUUUAUUGUUUGUAAUUGUGUUUGGAUGGCAUUUUGUUUCGAUGGUUUCACUUUCCGCCGUGUUUCCCGCCUCAGACUCCCGGGCUGAGGGCUCCGUUUCCUCCCCGGAACAUGACCGAGGAGCCGGCGGGCUGACAGAAGGCCAGAGGAAGAGGAAGAGGACCAUCUUCAGCCGAGCUCAGCUGUCCGAGCUGGAACAGGCCUUCGCUGUGACUCCGUACCCGGACAUCACCCUGAGGGAGAGGCUGGCUGCUCACACACACCUGCCCGAGAGCAAGAUACAGGUGAGGCUGUUACCAAGGGAACAUUCCAGUAGGCUAGUAGAAUCAGAGGAUAUUUGGUUAGCUGACAUUUGUGGACGUCAUAUUUAGUCAAUAAUUAUUGCAUUGCAGAAAUGUACAAUCCUGCUGCUAGUAAAGAAAACGAUCAAAAAGGACAAAAAGGGUGAUUUUUUAACUCUGUGAUUUCAUAAAUGGCCCUCAUAAAGGAUUGGUUUGAUGAAUAAAAAGCUCUCUUGGACAGGGACCACCUGGCCUAUCGUGCACAAUUCAGAGGCUUGUUGCUAGUAUUUCAUUUAAACAAACAUGUAUACCUUUAAUAUAUAUUUGCCUGUGCAGGUUUGGUUCCAAAACAGAAGAGCCAGAAGCAUCAAGACUGGGAGACUCCCCAAAUCCACCAAACCAGUUCUGGCAGGUAGAUCUGUCAUGGAUCCAUCUCCAAGUCCUGUCAGCUCAGCGUUCUUUACAUCCACUACACUUGCAGACAUAUUCAGACCUGAACAGACCCACACCUGCGAAGAAGUCCCUCAGAUGUACUCAGACUGGAUCCAGAUCUACAGCAACCCUGUUUCAUCCCCUCCACCUUCCUCGCCCCUCCACCAGCAGCCUACAAUGAGCUCCUCGAAACCCCCAGAGCCCCGUCUCUGGGAGGAAGACCACCUCCACCACCACCACCAUCAAACCCUGGGACCAGCUCUCCCAGGGUUCUUCUCUGGUUCCUUCCCUCAAUCUGUCACCAGACAGACCCCGCACCCAGCCUCCACUCGCACCUCCUAUCAGGCUUUCAGGAACUUAAAACCCCAGACUGUGGCUCAAACUGGGACCCAUCAAGUCGCUUAUGGAGGUGGAGCUGGAGGUGGUGGUCACUCAUCUGUAGACCAAGUGGUCCCGUCUCAUCCUCAGCAGGUGUACUGGGAGGUAACUCAAGGACAGGGACACCAUCACCCGCACCACCAUCACCAUCCACAAAUGGGAGCACAGACCUCUAUGGGGUACAUUUCAGACCUGAUCUACAAUGCUGCCAUCGUCACCAACUUCCUUGAGUUCUGA